CCCAGUACCACCACCCGCUCAUGGCUACAACCCUCACUGCGUUCCAGCCGGACACGCAACCGUUGGAAAUGCUUGAAAUGGUGGUCAUCUGGCCUUGCAAACCGCCGAAGCCAUGAUUGCCAACUCAUCAAUUUCCAUCACCGCCUACGAGCUGCUCUCCCGAACCGACAGCCUUCCGAACGGCGCAGCGAUUUCCUCUGCCGGUGCGAUUGUGCAAAUCCCAGAAUUAUUCCACAUCAAGCGAACCUCCAUCAAUCAUACCUCGUCCCCGCUCACCCGCGCCGCAUCCUUUUCCUUACCGCACCCGGUUUACCGCCGGUUCAAGCGCAGCGUGACUCUUUGA